AUGACCUCCAUGGGAGUCGUCUCCGCGCUCCUGCACAGCGGCAGCAGCGGCAGCAGCGGCAGGCAUCUGGGGUCCCUCCUCGCCGUCUGCAUCGCCGCCACCGCCGCCGUCUUAGCGGUGGUGGCCGCUCACGAAGUGCGCACGACCACGGGGUCUGGUGGCCCCCCUCGCUGGAGCCGCAUGUCCGGCUCGCUGUCCAGGCCGCUGUGGGUGGUGCCCAGCGGCAGCAGCGUCAAGCUGCGCUGCCUCGCCACCGGAGUGCCCACGCCCUCCGUGGCCUGGCACCACGACGGAGGGCGCCUCCACGGCGGGGAGGAGCGGCGCCUCGGGGCCUUCCGGCUGAGGAUCAAGGACUGGACGCUCGUGCUGGACAGCGUGGUGCCCUCUGACGCGGGCAACUACAGCUGUGUGGUCAGCAACCAGCACGGCUCCAUCCAGCACUCGUACCAGCUCGUCGUCAUCGAGCGUGGCCAGCCCCAGCGGCCGUCGCUGCAGGACGGCCUCCCGGCGAACGUGACGGCGGCGGAGGGGAGCGACGUGGAGCUCCGCUGCGUCGUCCUGCAGAGCGCUGGCGGCAGCAGUCAGCAGCAGCUGCACCACCACGUGCAGUGGCUCAAGCACGUGGAGGUGAAUGGCAGCCUCGAAGCACCCAAUGGCUCACCCUACGUGCACGUCCUCACGACGGUGGGCGUGGAGGUGACGGACGUGGAGACGGACGUGCUGUACCUGCGCAACGUCAGCACGGACGACUCGGGCCGCUACACCUGCCUGGCGGGCAACGCCGCGGGAUUCGCUCACCGCUCCGCAUGGCUCCUCGUCGUGCCGCAAGAGACGCCGGCUGGUAAGAUGUCGACUGCCUCGCCUGCUCUGCAGGAGGUCGUGCUGUCUGCGCUGAGCGGCGUGGAGCUGUCGGGGGUGACGGGGCCGUGCGACCGCUGGGAGUUCCCUCGGGAACGGCUGACUCUGGGUGAGCAGCUGGGUGAGGGUUGUUUUGGCCGCGUGCUGCUGGCCGAGGCGCUGGGCAUGGAGCCGUCACGGCCUCACCGCAGCGUCCGCGUCGCCGUCAAGAUGCUGAAGGCCCAGCGCUACGCCACGGAAGCGGAGACCCACGACCUCCACGCGGAGCUGGAGACCCUCAAGAAGAUCGGACGGCACAGCCACCUGGUGAACCUGCUGGGCGCAUGCACACGGGGCGGCCCCCUGCUCGUGAUCGUUGAGUUUGCGGCCAAGGGGAAUCUGCGCGACUUCCUGCGUGCACACCGCACGCCCGGCGCAGAGUGCAGUGGUGGCGACGAGGUGAAGGGCGAAACGCUCUCCAUGCUGCAGCUGGUGGCCUUCGCCUGCCAGGUGGCACGCGGCAUGGAGUACCUCACCUCUAAGAAGUGCGUUCACCGGGACCUGGCGGCCAGGAACGUCCUCGUCGUUGACGGCGGAGUUGGUGGCGGCUAUUCGGUGAAAAUCGCUGAUCUGGGCCUCACCCGCGACGUGGGCGGCGAACGUGACUACUACUACCAGCACAAGACUGCUGCCGGACGCCUGCCGGUGAAGUGGAUGGCACCGGAGGCGUUGCUGCACCGCGUCUACACACAGCGGAGCGACGUGUGGUCCUACGGGGUGCUGCUGUGGGAGAUCUUCACCCUGGGGGGCUCUCCGUACCCGGGCGUCCCCGUGGAAAAGCUUUUCAAGCUGCUCGGUGACGGCUACCGCAUGGAGCGGCCUGCCCUCUGCUCCGACGAGCUACACGCGACGAUGAGCGAGUGCUGGGCGACCGUCCCCAGCGACAGACCGACGUUCGCGCGGCUGGCGGACGACUUGGGGCGGAUCCUCACAUUACAC